CCUUGUGUGUUCUGGACAAGGGGGUGCAUGGGGGAAACAUGGCCGCCGUAGACCCAUCGGAGUCUCCAAAACGACAGGAAUCCCCUGCGGAGGAGGUGGAAACAUCUGGGGAGAAGAGCGAGGCGGUGGGGUCGGGAUGCAGCUCAAAUCAGAAAGAUGAAACGACACACAGUAACAGCAAGGAGAGCCCCGAUGGUGAGCAGAGACCCAGUGCUGGCAACGACGGCGGUUGUAUUGCCAGCCAUUCCGAGGUUAGUGUCGAGUCCGGUGCUGGAACCGUCAAAACGACGUGCAAUUCACCGGACGACCUAACAACGGCUAAAAAUAUGACCGAGCCUCCUGGCAGCGAGCAGCGGGCUUUCGACUGGUCCGAAACUGAAGACGACGACGAAGAGGCGAAAACACACAAGCAGGAAAAUGAUAAGUGUGACCACGACAAUGUUACAAAGAGUGCUGGAGAGGUGCAGCAGGAUGCACAUGUUGAUGAUAACAUCACAGCUGCUGCAGAGGAGAUUCAGGAGGCGGGAAACUCACAUUCUGAUGAGAAGAGCACGGAGAAGGAACCGGCGAAGGAGCUGGUGGGAGAAGUCGACGGUACAGAGGACGUGGUCGAAUGUGACGAGGGGCAGGACGCUGAUCUGACAGCCAAGCCAAAAAAGUGCCGUUUGGUGUGCAAGGAGUGCGGGAAGAUGUUCAACCGGCGCGAGACGUUCAACCUUCACCGCCACUUUCACGCACACGAGGAUGAGCUCACGCCCCUCACCUGUAAAGAGUGCGGCCUUACCUUUCAGCACCGCAGCAGCCUCAUUAAACACAGGAAUGAACAUAAAGAGAAGGAGGAGCAACUUGUGACUCCAAAGACUGAGGUGCAGACAAUGGAGGAGGGUAGUUUUGAAUGUGCAGAAUGUGAGAGGAUCUUCUCCACAGUGGAUAAGCUGAGGGACCACAACUGCUGCAAUACAGCAGAAAAGCCUUACCACUGCCCCCUGUGCCGCCAAGAGUUCCAGUUUAAGGUGUCUGUCACAAAGCACAUGAUGACCCACUCCCAGGAGAGCAUCUUCACAUGCCAAGAGUGCAGUCAGACUUUCCCAAACACCAUGGCCCUGCGCUACCACCAGCGAUGUCACACCGCCCUGAAACCAUAUAAAUGCCCAGAGUGCGGCAUGGUUUUCAAACACUAUUCUGUCAUGGAAGACCACCGUCGCAAGCACAUGGACAACACACGCUCUCACCUGUGCAACAUCUGCGGUAAGACCUUCAAGUAUAGCAGCCUCCUCCAUCAGCAUCAGUAUCUGCACACGGGCCAGAAGCCCUUCCGCUGCCCUGAGUGCGGUAAAAAAUUUGCUUUUGCGCAGAACAUGAAGGCACACUGCCGCCAGCAUAGACUGUGCGAAACCAACUCCUCUGCUGAGCAGCCCAGUAAGCAGGCCCCUGUGUCCGUACAGGAGGCGGUCAGGGGCCCGGGGAAAGAGAACACACACCAGAGUGAGGAGCCCAAACGUGUGUUCAACUGCCCCCUUUGUCCCCAGACCUACUGGGCGCCAGCUAACCUGAGGGCCCACAUGCUUAUUCAUGAGGCCGAGUAUGAGACACUGGAGCGAACACCCAGACCCCCCAGUGAGAUUAACAAGUACUGGGACAAAGGACUCACCUGUCCCCACUGCCCGUGUGUUUAUCGUGACGAAUCCAGUUUAAAUGUACAUCUGUUAAGUGUCCACAAACCUGUAGCACAAUAUUUAGGAACGGUGGCAACACCACCUAAAAAACAAUUUACUCCAUUAAACAGUGAUAAUAUGCAGGGGAAAUGGAGAAGCGAUGGCGUAAGUGUGAAGUCAUACAAGUGUUCUGAGUGUGGAAAAACUUUCCGCCACCGCUCAGUGUUAGAGCUGCAUAUGCGCAUACAUUCCAAGGACAAGCCUUACCAGUGCAAAGUGUGCGGCAAGGGCUUUAGAUUCAGUAGCUACUUACAGCAGCAUCUCAUCAUCCACACAGGCAAGAAGCCAUACAAAUGUCCCGACUGUGGGAAGGACUUUGCCUUCCUGCAGAACAUGAAAACACAUCAGAAGCUGCAUCAGGAAAAACCGUUCCGCUGCACCAGCUGCCGCAAAGGGUAUAGCGAUGAGACCCAGUUGCAGCACCAUAUGUUAUCACACAAUGGUGACAAACCUCAUAAGUGUGACCUGUGUGACAAGAGCUUUGGAUUAGCCUACCUGCUCCGCGAUCACAUGAACACACACACAGGAGAGAGACCUCAUCGCUGUGAUGAGUGUCACAAAACCUUCUCCUGGUUUAGCAGCCUGCUAGUACACCAGAAGAUCCAUGCUCGCAAGCGGCAGGGUUUCAGUCAGUGUAAUUCUUUCCCGAUGGGUGCUAGGGUGAGAGGCAGGGACCGUUAG